AUGGCAUCCAAACGCAAGGCCUCGGCAAUGGCCAAUGCAGCCAGCGAGGAGCCUGUCGACCCAGCAGAUGAGCUCAAGUUUCAUUGUCUUGGCGGCGGCAACGAAGUCGGUCGGUCCUGCCACAUCAUCCAGUACAAGGGCAAGACUGUCAUGCUUGACGCAGGCCAGCACCCUGCAUACGAUGGGCUAGCCGCGCUCCCGUUCUUCGAUAUCUUCGACCUCAGCACUGUCGAUGUGCUUCUCAUCAGCCAUUUUCACGUGGACCAUGCGGCCUCGUUGCCGUAUGUCCUGGCCAAGACCAACUUCAAGGGACGGGUCUUCAUGACACACCCCACCAAAGCAAUUUACGGAUGGCUUAUCCAGGACAGCGUUCGUGUCGGCAACGCAUCGUCCAACGAAUCAUCACAGCCUGUGUAUACAGAGCAAGACCAUGCCAAUACCUUUCCCAUGAUCGAGGCUAUCGACUACUAUACCACCCACACUAUCUCUUCUAUCCGAAUCACACCUUACCCUGCAGGCCACGUCCUAGGUGCUGCCAUGUUUCUCAUCGAGAUCGCAGGUCUCAACAUCUUUUUUACAGGCGACUAUUCGAGAGAGCACGACAGGCAUCUUGUCUCGGCAGAGGUCCCACGAGGCGUCAAGAUUGACGUCCUGAUCACCGAGUCUACGUACGGUGUGGCCUCACAUGUACCCCGUCUCGAGAGGGAACAGGCCCUGAUGAAGUCUAUCACCGGCAUUCUGAACCGCGGCGGGCGUGCCCUACUGCCCGUCUUCGCGCUCGGCCGGGCCCAGGAAUUGCUUUUGAUCCUUGACGAGUACUGGGCCAAGCAUCCCGAGUUCCAGAAAAUCCCGAUCUACUACGCAAGCAACCUGGCCCGGAAGUGCAUGGUGGUUUAUCAAACAUACAUUGGAGCUAUGAAUGACAACAUCAAGCGCCUCUUCCGGGAACGCAUGGCCGAGGCCGAGGUUACUGGGGAUGGAGCAGGCAAGGGCGGCCCGUGGGACUUCAAGUACAUCCGAUCCCUGAAGAGUCUUGACCGGUUCGAGGAUGUCGGAAGUUGUGUCAUGCUUGCCAGCCCUGGUAUGCUCCAAAGUGGCGUGAGCAGAGAGCUCCUCGAGAGAUGGGCACCGAGCGACAAGAACGGUGUCAUUAUCACUGGCUACAGCGUCGAGGGAACAAUGGCCAGACAGAUUAUGCAAGAACCUGAGCAGAUUCAGGCUGUCGUCACCAGGAAUGCCGCCGCUGCUCGCAGGGCGCCUGGCGGUGACGCAGAGAAGGUGAUGAUUCCUCGGAGAUGCAGCGUCCAGGAAUACUCUUUCGCGGCUCAUGUCGAUGGUAAUGAGAACAGAGAAUUCAUUGAAGAGGUUGCCGCACCAGUGGUCAUUCUUGUGCAUGGAGAACAGCACAACAUGAUGCGAUUGAAGUCCAAGCUUCUCUCUCUCAACAGCAAUAAAACCGUCAAGGUCAAAGUUUACAGUCCAAAGAAUUUCGAAGUGCUCCGCAUCCCAUUCAAGCAGGACAAGAUCGCCAAGGUUGUCGGCAAACUCGCAUCGAUUCCACCACCCACCCAUCUCCCAACCCCCGAGGACGACACCCAACUCGUCACUGGUGUCCUGGUUCAGAACGACUUCAAGCUGUCUUUGAUGGCCCCAGAGGAUCUGCGAGAGUACGCUGGCCUCACUACUACAACCAUGACUUGCAAGGAGCGCAUACGGCUCAGCGCCGCUGGCAUCGAUUUGAUCAAGUGGGGUCUCGAGGGCACGUUUGGCAAGAUUGAGGAGCUGCCAGAGAUGAAGCAUGACCAGGACAACGGCAACGGUGCUUCUCCCAACGGCGAUUUCGAGCCCGCAGACGAGGAGAUCAAUCAAGUCGUCGCAGCCUACCGUGUCAUGGGCUGCGUGGUGGUCCGCUACCGCAACAACGGCGAGGUCGAGCUCGAGUGGGAAGGCAACCUGCUGAACGAUGGCAUCGCCGACUCCGUCCUCAGCGUGCUCCUGUCAGUCGAGAGUAGCCCCGCCGCCGUCAAGCGGUCCGCGCAGAAGCACUCCCACUCGCAUGACCACGUCCACAACGACCUCCCACCGCGCAACCCCCACGCGAACCUUACACCAGAGGAGCGCCUCGAGCGCCUAUUUAUGUUCUUGGAGGCCCAGUUUGGCGCAGACAACGUCGUGCCCAUCGAGGAGCCAAAGCUUCCUCCCGUCCCCAAGGACACGCCCAAGAAGAAGGAGCUCACCGACGGCGACGGCGGGGACGCCUCCAUGGAGGACGCCGUGGACGGCGAGGGCCAGGAUGAGGCGGAGGAAGAGAGGGAGCUCGAGGCGCGCAAGCGGGCGGAGCUGGAGCGGCUGCACCGGCUCGGCAUCCCCGUCCCCGGCGUGGCGAUCAAGGUCGACAAGAUGGCGGCCAAGGUCUGGCUGGAGGACCUGGACGUGGAGUGCGGCCACAAGGCGUUUGCUGACCGCGUGCGCAGCGUGGUCGAUCGGGCUGUCGAGGUCACCGCACCGCUGUGGGCCUAG